AUGGACAACUCCAAGGAAACCAACGCCCCAACACCAUCUAGCCCUAGUCGACGAAGGGGCUCCGGACCAGCUUUCGACGGUCUGAUGAAUCAAAAGCGUGCUAGCGAUCCUAGCUCUCUUGCUAGACGUGCCAGCUUGCACGACCAGAAGCCCCAAGCAGGCUUCUUCGGGCAAAUGUGGCAUAAUUUCACACGCGGUCCCCAGAGUCCCACGAAGUGA